UCACCCCACUGCUGACUGAUGUUUUCGUGGUGUUUUACGAUAAUAAAUAAAUAUAAACAUUUAUUGCGAAAUAAUAAAUUUUAUAAGCAAUCGCGAUGGUCAGCGGUAUGUGAAGUCGGUGCAAUAAACUUUACGAAGUCAAUGACAAGCAAUUGAAGUUGGCUAUCAUCGUAAGAGCUAUCUUUGUGCAAUCUACCUGCUUUGUCGGGCAUAUUAUUGUGAAUAAAUUAUCCUGGCUAGGCUUAAAGGAUAUCGGAUUUAAACGGACAGAUGGAUUGUUUUUACUGUGUGACGGUUGUUUUGUGAUUCCGGCGUAAAUUUGUGCUUCAUUUUAAGGUCUAAUGUCGUGACGUGUCCGGAGCCAUGACGUCGUUCGCGAACAUGACGCAGGCGCUGGGCGCGAGCCUGCCCGCCGCGUCGGGCGCCGGUGCGGGCGCCGCACACGCCGAGCCCGAGGACCCGCUCGCCAUGACGCACAUCAUCUGCAACCUGCUGGAGAACAUGAACAAGCCGCACCCCGCCACGUCCGCCUCUAUGCCCUACGACAUUUGGGCGCUGCCCUCCUGCAGCAGCACUCUGCAGAACCCGAUCGGUCAGAGCCGUGAGUAUAACUCCACCUCGAACAAUAACAACCAACAUCACUCCAAAGAGGACAACUCCAGUGGCUCGCCCGGCACCUCCUCGAGCGUAUCCAUCACCUGCUUCCGCUGCGAGGAGCGGACGCCGACCACGCGCUGCCUCGAAUGCAAUGAUCUAUUCUGUCACGAGUGCUGCCACAGCGUGACCUCCGACUGCCAGCUCAGGGAGCACACUCUUCUCCCUAUCCACCAGAUCUCGCCCAUCGGCGUCCGACCCAACUCUGUCAACAACGAGAAGGAAGUGUACUGCGAACUGCACGGUGACCCUGUCAGGUUCUACUGCGAGGCUUGCGUCGUCUUCAUCUGCCAGGAGUGCACGCUGUGGGUUCACAAGGACCACUGCUAUACGCCUAUCAAAGGGGCGCUCGACAUGUGUCGUGUAGGUGUUUUAAGAGCUAUAGAGGAUACCAAAACGGGUACUAAAGCUAUUAAGACUGCAAUAGAUCGUGCGGUAGCCAUGUCGAAGGCGUACGAGAAGGAAACCGCUGAGGCUAAUAUGAAAAUAAGGAAGGCGAUGCGUUGCUAUGCGCAAGCUAUCGAGGAUCGCGAGAAGUAUUUGCUGGAUAAAGUGGAAAAGCUGCGCCAGGCGAAAAUGAACGAACUGACUGACCACAUGAACACUCUGAGAGGCAUUUUAGCUGGUCUUGCACAUACAAAUGAGACGUUGGUGCGCAGCAUGGACUCAGAGGGCCUCGACUUAUUCAUGGCCAAAGAAAAAGGCAGAGCUCAAGUAGAUUACUUCUCCUGUAUGUUUAAAAACAUGUAUAUGACAGAAGAACGGAUUAUGUUUGUACCUCCCAACUACGAUUUAGUAGACCAGUUGAAGAGACAGUGCGAUGUGCAGUCCGCCCCGGCCAGCUCCAUGCACACCCUCAGCUCCGUCCCCGCUCUGCAGUCUCGUCAGUCUCUCCUGUCUUUACAAUCAAUGCAGUCUGCUCAGACUUUUUCACCUUUAACACCAUACAACAUGUCGUCUACUAACAGCCUGAGAUCGUUGCCUGAUUACACAAGGUCUACAAAUUAUUAUGAUCAUAGCAUAUCGUCCAGUAUGGCAUUGGAUUCCAACUUGCCCCGAGGCAUCGGGCAAGCUAUUCCGGGCUACUGGAUGUCGGUGACAGUCAGACCCACGAGAAGUCCAGUCCCCGGGGUUCCCAUGUUUUCAUUCGGCAGAGAAGGCCAGGAGGAGGGACAGGUAUCCCGACCUUGGGGUUUGUGCGUUGACAGAGAGGGCAAUAUCAUAGUUGCAGACCGCAGAAAUAACCGCAUUCAGAUCUUUAACAACCGUGGAGAAUUCAGAACAAUGUUUGGUUCCAAGGGAACCGGCCCGGGAGAGUUUGACCUGCCAGCAGGCAUCACCACUGACACAUACGGUCGUAUUAUCGUAAUUGACAAAGACAAUCACCGAGUUCAAAUAUUUACUUCCUCGGGAAAUUUCAUCCUCAAGUUUGGUUCCUUCGGCAAGGAAUGUGGUCAGUUCCAAUAUCCCUGGGACGUAGCCGUUAAUACUCUGGGCAACAUCGUCGUGACCGACACGCGCAACCACCGCAUCCAACUUUUCACCAGUGACGGGACUUAUAUCACAAAGUUUGUAUUUGAGGGAGCCAACCCCUCCAAGAUGCUGAAGGGGCCUACCACUCCUAGAGGCGUGUGCUUUACCACAUCGGGCAACAUCAUCGUUUCGGACUUUGAGAACCAUCGUCUGCUGAUGGUGGAUCCGACGCUUUCCAAAGUCCUGCACUGCGUGGGGCGCGAGGGGUCAGGCAUAGGCGAGCUGAACCGUCCGUCGGGCAUCGUAACCGACGACGACGGGCGCAUCAUCGUGGCGGACUCGAAGAACCACCGCGUGCUGGUGUUCACGGCGGAGCUGCGCAUCCUGUGGGCCGUGGACCUGAAGAGCCCAGGGCUGGACGACAAGGACCGGCCCAGCGACGUGGCGCUCUCGCCUGACGGCUACCUCGUGGUCCUCUUCGAGACGCUGCCCGACACCGCGCGCGACGUCUCCUCGCACGGCAAGCAAUACAUCAAGGUAUAUUAAUCUAUAUAUACAUAGGUAUUAUGUUUACUUUACACUAGCUGUGACCUAAGGUCGAUCAUAUUCUAUUUUGUUUUGUUUAAGUUGUGAUUUCUUUGAGAACGUGCCAAUUUUAUUAUCCAUUGGAAAGAUCCGAUUCGAGCAUAGCUUGUCCGGAAACUUAGCAUUUGCUCACGAGAAGUAUUUGCAAAUCAAAUUCUCCUUAAAAUAUUUUGUUAGAUGUUUGGUUACCAUAAUAGUCAUUUGUUUUUUUAUAUCAGCAUUAGACUAGUCUUUAAGGACCAAACGUACACGAUGUAGUAGCAAGUUAUUAUUGGUAGCCGUCAGUAUCCGUAGUCUACUCUACUCUACACUAACCUAGGUGUAGAUGUACCUACACCAAAUCCAAUAGUCGGAUCAUUUGCAUUAUAUGUCGAUUACGCUCUGUCCGAUUAGUCUUACGAUUUAUAAUAUUGAUAAGGAAAAAAAAACUAUAAAUCGUAAGGGAUGUAAAAAUCACAAUGUGAUGUAAAAGAUGUUUUUAUGUGAGAUAAUUUAGAAACUUAAAAAGUAUUUUUCCAAAAUGUUAGGUUUGCGUUUUUAACUUGGUUAAACUACUAAAUACCGAUGUUAGUGUGUUUUCUUACGCUAAGUUAUUCACAUUUUAGUUUGGUAGGUAUAUGUCAAUAUAUAUUUUUAUUAAACGCUGUUAUUAGAGCGCUGAGAGCUGUACUAAUUGGCGUGAAAGCUGCUUAUUUCUCAACUACUUCAAAAUUAUUAUUUAGACAAUUUAGAACGCAGGGAAGCGUAAUAUUAUUGUGCAAGAAAAUCAAUGCAAUAAACUUUAAGACUGACUUCAGAAGACUGUCUUAAAGAGCCGGGGCCCUUGUGUGGGCUCCAGGGCGCCCGCGGGCGCGGACUGCCGCGCGGCGCUAGAGUCGCCAUCCGACGCGCGUAUUAUUAAUUUGAAUAAGUAUCGUGAUAUUUUUAUUUCAUGUUUAAAUUGAGAAAUUUUUUGGUUUAAAAUCUAAAUGUAGUAAAAAUUUGAGACUGCGGCAAAAUUUAUGUAAAACUUACGUUUGAACGCGUACGAAGAACUGAACUAUGAACUGAAUUACCGUAGCGUUUGACUAUAUUGCAAGAUCGUCAGUUGUUACAACGUGCAACACUGUUAAUUUAUUUUAUUUGUUAUUUUAGUUUGUGGAGGGUGUUGGAUUGGUCUGCUAGUUUCUAUACAAACAUACAAAUAAAUAAGUGCGGUGGGGGGUAUGAGUCCCUAAAUAAAAGUUUGUAACAAGAACACUUUUCUGCUGUUGACUCAAAAUUUACCGCCUUAGGUACAUUUUGCAAUACUAGUCAAAUACUAUCUAGUAAAAAUUAAAUAAAGGCUAGGCUUUAAUUUAAGUUUAAUUGAUGUAAGUAUUUUAUAUGACUUACCCAGAAACGAGAUAGUAAAAUCGAUCAGCGGUAUUUAUUAUACCAGUGUUUCUUUGUUAGUUAUGGCUAAUAAUUUACAUUAUUAUUAUACGUUUACGUUUUAAACGGCCAUACGCUUUAACUGGUACAUAUAUCCAAACAAAACUCCCUUGCCCGUGGGUACUUUUUGCAGCCAGGAGGGACAGGAAGGUGUAUUGGUUUUGGUUUUUAGAAGUGUGUAUACUCGAAACACCUUUCGCGCUUACGAAAUAAAAUAUAAUAUCAAAACAGCUUUAUUGACAUUCGAAGUGACAUGCUACUCUCACAUAAAAGCGGUUGUAACUCGGUCUCUAUUCAGUUUGUAUAGAAGCUAGCAACUUCCGCUACUGCAUUCUUCGAAUAAAAUGUUUAAAGGCACUUGAAUUUAAUAUAGGUAAUUUAUAGCUAUUCUUCUACAAAUUAGUUAUUUUUUAAUUAGUUAAUUCGGUGGUCUUAUACAAUCAAAAUUGUUGUAUUAGGUUAAAUAUUGUAGCUAAAUUUUUGCCCUAAAAUUCUAUGAAUUGAUGCAUAAUAAAUUAAUUACUAGAGAUAACCACUUCGAUGAUAUUCAAUUUUAACGCUGUGUUCAUUCGAUAAUUAUGUGUUCACGUAAUCUAAUAUAAGUUUACGUAUGUAGUGUCGUGUCGUGUCUGUUGAGACAUGGUGUAAAGGGUUGAUCAUAUAAGAGCUUCGUUUGUACGAGUAGUUAAAUCCAAAUAUACCUACUAGGAGCGCCUUCGCCCGGCGCGUAGCUUUGUAAGUAGAGCGUAGAGUUCGCUUCGCCGUUGUGGGAAUAUUUUACUAUUAAUCGCAUAUUAUAAAGGUUUCUAGUAUCAGUCUAAUUGUCAAGUAGGGUGCCAUAUCGCGGCAGAUAACGAGACGUUACCUUAUAUCAUAAUAAUGCUUAAUAGACAAAGUAGUUAGAUUGUACUGUCCAUGAAUCCCCAAAUACGAAUUGGUUGUAUUAAGAUCUUUCUAGCUAGAAGAUAUUUUUUAGAUCUACUUACCUACUCAUUAGAACAAUGCCUGAAUAAUCGUAAUUGACGUUCGCGAUACGAGCGAACUUUUCAAACAUAGAUGUAGAAUUGCUCUAAAACUUUUAGGUAAACUAGGUUGUAAAAGUUGAUCUAACACUUUCUCCCUUUGUACUUAGGGUUAAAUUAGGAUAAUUAAUUAACAUUGAGACGUGUAUUGACUAAUCUGGUAUACUAGCCGGUGAUAGCCAAUUGUGUAACGCUAAUUCAAGCAACAAUUUUCUUGUGAUGCGAUAUUUAGAUUUUAAUUAUGGAACUGAUUAUAAUAAGAUGGCGACUAAAAAGAGAGUCUGAAACUUAAAUAAUUGCUUAAGGGUCGAAAAUUGUUGUUUGAAGAGAAGAGAGCGGGAGCGGCCGCGUUGGGGCACUACCACGAAAUUAGAAUUUAGAAAUUCGUUUCUCUUCGUCUCUUUAUAUUUCUCUUGCUGUAUUUAAAUGACUUAGGAGGGAUAUAAACGAAUUCAGAAAUUGUAAUUUGUCGGUAUUGUCGCUGGUGUCUGUCUGUAGUGUAGUAGUGUGCGUGCAGUGUUUGCGUCUUGACGAAUUGACAAAUUCCGCUAAUGAUAUAAUUAUUAAUAUUUUGUUUUCAUAUCAGUGAUAGGUAUUUUUUUGUUCAGUGCCAUUAUUAAAGUAUUACGUUAUUUUAAAAAUAAUGUGUGGCAUGAAAUGCAUUUUUUAUUUAAUGUGUUUUCGGAGAGUAAUUCCUUUAUGUAGAAUUCAAAAUGAUUUUCUUCGUAACUUAAUAUUUAACAACGAAUCUCAUAUUUUCAUGAAAUCACAGUUGUUUUUAAAGAUCGAUUGGAUUUGCAAAGCAAACGCCGACAGCCAUAAUGGUGAUGUACUGAUUACGCGAGCAUUCUAAGAAUGUUGCCGGUCUGUCAUAAUGACAAAACGUAAUUUAUAGUAGUCGGUGCCCGGUGGUCGGCAGCCGCGGCUUCCACGUCCAUCUUGUAAACGCACGCACGUGAAGCACUCACAUCAAACGUUUAUGCCAAUAUCGAUUCAAUCAACUGAAAAUAGACGAACAUUAGAAACUGGUCAAUAUUUAAAUAAUUACAUAUUGCUGGGUGCUAGUGAAUCGUAAGUCAAUUUGCAUCUUUUAUCUCUGUCUACCUAAUAUAGCGUUGUAUAAAAUAUUGAAAGAACAGCUCACAACAUAGUAACAUUUAAUUUGAGUGGUUCAUGUUGCGUGCGGUAAGGCGCCGACACCCGAGACUAGCUUAGCUGGGAGCUAACGAGGCAUGACUUCAUUUAAAGCACCUUUUUAUUUGGCUUGGUUAUGUUUUUUAAGAUUUUUUUUGUUACUUUCCUGGGAACUGCGGUAACAUCGAAUAUACACGUCGCUUUAGAAUUUCGACUGCAUUAUGAAUAUUUAAAAAGAUUUUGGUUACGCUUGAAAAUUUUAGCAGUUGCAAUAAUUUCCGGUAAAAUUUUCGCGCAAAGUUAACCGUUUUUUUAGGAAGGACGAUUCGUGUAAGUUGGAUGUUUCCGCAGUUCGCAGCCAGGAGAGAUUCUGUCGCGGAAGGCGACGCGUACCUUCUUUGUGAGACCUGCUAGCAGCUAGCAGUAAAAUUGUGGUUUUGUGAUAAAUACAAUAAAAUUGACAACUUAAUAAAUAAAUAAUUGAAACGUAAUCAUAAUUUUUGUACAAGUUUUUAAUGUUUAAAAACAACAGCAAUGUAUUCAGUACAUGUGUGACUGCGGGGAGACGCAACUGCAUAUUUGAUACGUUUACGAGAUUUUAGCUAAUUAUAUUAAGCCAUUUUCGUGCUAUUUUUGUAAUGUUAACUAGGCGCUUGUGUUGUGUUAGUCUUAGUGUAAAUUAUAUUCAUUCGUCUCCUCUUUAUGUUUCGUGUGAGUACUAUAUAUAUAUCGUGGGCGCCUCUCUAAACCUAUUCUAUCUAUUUGAUCGAUCGGGUAGCCGUAUUCCCUGUUUUAAAUAUUGAAAACUCAUUGGGAUACCUAACGUUCUCGUGGAGCGUAUAAAUGACAUUUCACAAGACACGCAAAGCAGGACUUGAAAACGAUAUCGCAGUGAAACACGGUACAUAUAUGUGGUUUUCAAGGCUCGGCUACGGCAUAGCGUUGGCGGUCGGGAGUUCAUCUUUAUUAUUCCAUCGUCGCUCUUUACCAUCACAAUCACAAAUAGGAGACGAGGAAUGCAAUGGUCGAUAAUAUCAUGUGUUACUGAGAUAAGUAGUAUUUUUGUACACGGCCGGCGGGGAGCGCGGGUGCAGUGCGGCCCCCGCGAGGCGCUAGUGUGUUCAAGUUAAUAUUAUAACCGCAUCUACCUCACUUGUAAAGCAUUGAAGACUGAUUGGAAUUAAUGUAACGGUGGUCAGAUCACCGCUUAGAAGUCUGUUGUCUACUGAUACUUUACGCCCAAAAAUUCUACUGUGUGCUUUACAAUUUAAGAUAUUAGUUUCGUUUCUAGGUACAUAGUAUUAUUGUAAUGUAAUUAUUGUGCAACUCGUGUAUGACGUGGUGGACAGCAGCCUUUUCUUUUUUUAUAUCUAUAUCUUACGUUAACUUCGGUAAUACUGUUGAAAGAAGACUGAAAUUUUAUAAAUGUUCCUAUAUUUUAAUUUAGUGCUACCAUAUUUCGUUUACAUUAUUUUACCCUUUCGGUAAUUAUCAUUACAUUACAUUCUUAUCUUAUCAAUUGUAUGUGACGCUAUAUAAUGUCAUGAAAUUUUUGAAAGUUUUAAUGGAAUUUUGUAUGGAAAUUUAAUAAAGUGAUUGAUAGAACAA